GAGCUCCACCCCUCUGUUUACCUGACGUCAUCAGAUGGAAUACAAAACUGAAACGGCUUCCGGUAUCAACUCCAUGGUGACCUGCCUGUCAACAUCGGGGCAAAUAAUCCGAUUUGUGUGUUUAUUAAGUUUAUACAUUUAUCGUUAAAGGGAGAUUUUGAUAGAGCGCCGAUGAAAGGGGGUUUCCUGUCGUCUAAUGUGUGCUGCUGACUGGAGUUUAUGAGGCUAUAUUGUAUCUGAAAUAGAUGUACGGCGUCUUUCCAGGCGGGUUUUUACCAUUUAUAUCUACAUACACACUAUUUGUACUUGUGUGGUCCUCAGAGCAUAUGAAGGUGAUCCAGCACUCUGUGGAGACACUGCAGACAGCUUUGGUCUCCAAUCGUCAGGACUUGGCGAAACUUUACAGCAAGUACGCAAAAGAAGAAAGGCGUCUCUUGGAGGAAGGAUUCCACCCAGGGCACCCAGGUUCCCUUUUCCAACCCAUCACGUUGCACUCUGACUCAGACUGGAUUAAUGCUCACCCCGAGGAGCCUCAAGACUUCCAGAGCUUCUACAGAGACCCUUACCGCAAGACCCCGAAUGCAAGCCAGAAUACUAUUUAUAUUCAAACCAUAGGCUCCUUUGGGGAGGCAGGGCCCCAGACAGACCAGUAUAUGGAGUGGCUCAGAGAAUACUGCCAGGCCUUCUUCUAUGGGCUUUCUGUCAAGUUUCUGCCGGCGGUUACUGUGGCUAAGACAGGAUGCUCUUUCAGGGUCAACAGUAACUCGCACAACCUUCAGAUCCUCACUGGUGACCUGCUGCGAUUCCUGGGGAAUAAGAAACCAAAAGAUGCUUUUUGUAUUGUUGGAAUCACAAUGAUUGACCUGUACCCUAAAGACUCCUGGAACUUUGUCUUUGGACAGGCUUCUCUCAGUAUGGGAAUGGGUGUUUUUAGCUUUGCCAGGUAUGAUGACAACUUCUACAGCAGAAGUUAUGCUGGAAGGCUAAAGAAAUCAUUUAAGACAAAGCAGGGGGACUACUCUGUGUUUGACGGAUAUUACACUCCCCCCAUCACCAGCACUCUGCUGCUUCGAUCCUGCAAGACAAUGACCCAUGAGAUUGGCCAUAUGUUUGGAAUAAAACAUUGCCAGUGGUUGAACUGUGUCAUGCAGGGUUCAAACCACCUAGAGGAGUCUGAUCGUAGGCCCCUGGAUUUUUGUCCCAUCUGCCUUCGCAAACUACAGGUCGCAAUCGGCUUCAAAAUAGCUGAGAGAUACAAGGCUUUACUGCACUGGAUGGAGGAGGAUCAGAGUCAAACAUCUGAGCAAGAGGAGGCCUCUGCCUGUCAGUCUGUGCUCCACUUUCCCAAACCCACUGAAGCCUUUCACACAUCCAGACUGUGGCUGCGCAGGUGUCUGGACAUACUGGGGAAAAAAGAUGAACUAUAGUACUUGUCCAUAAAUCUGGGUAACACUGGGAAAUGAAUGUAACAGGCCUGACUGUCAAAUUCUGACUUGACCGAAUUUUAAUUUUGUUUACGACUGGUAAGCCCAAUUUCAUAUAUAUUGGGACAUAUCUGGGAGACUGUAUAGUAUAUAUAAGUAUAUAUUGAGUUGUAUUUGGGCCCCUGUGUUUUGACACUCUGAUAUCAGCUUAAUAUGUUUCUUUUUAAAUAAAAGAUGCAAUAUGUAGGUAACAACAUAUUUUUACUUCAAAAGGGUACAAAAAAAUAUAAAAAUAUUUUAAUAUUUUAUUUUAUAUUUAUAUAAAAAACAAGAAAACACUACAUCUGAUUGAGAAGUUCAAAUCACACUUGUUUUAAUGCAAUUGAACAUUUUACUACAAAAAUAGUUUAAGUCUGACAUAUUCUGUCACAGUGCAUCAUCAACUUGGGUUUGAUUAAAAAGAAACACUUUCAAUCA